GAAAGAAACAAAUAAACACUUAAAAAACUUAUAUAAAUACUACAAGGUCUAACAACAAUUAAUACCGUUGGGAACAAGAAGAUGAGGCAUAGCUUUGCAACUGGCCAGUUUAUACUGCUCUAUUCCAUCAUCGUAUUAAUUUUUAAAUUCUUCGACUGCCAUGACAUUUGCACAAAACCUGAAUUGAGGAAAUAUGAAAAAGUAAUUUUUGAAAGUGAUGCAUAUAGUUAUGUAAGUAAUCAGUCCGGUUCCAAUACAAAUAUUCAGUCUCACCACUAUUAUUAUUCCCGGAUGAUCCGCUCUGAUCAGUCUCCUCCAAUUGUUAGCGGCACGUUUGAAAGACUGGUUGAUACUAAAGAUAUCGAUGCGAAGUUCCCGUUUACGUUUUACGGUUCUCAAGUCGUCAAAUUCAGAAUAUUAACUACUGGUAGAAUUGAAAUGUACGAUAAAGCGUACUCAGGAGUAGUUAGAAAUUAUGUGAGAAGCGGUUAUUAUGUGAAAACUGAUAUUUCGGAUAGGCGGGAAUUAUUAGCCGUCAGAAUGUCUUAUUAUCCAGAUGCUGGUGGUGAAAUCCCUGCAUUCACUAUAACUACUCUGAUACAUCCGAAUGGGAAGAUAUCAAUCUAUUAUGCGAACAUUCCUAGGGUAGCUAGCAGAAUCGAAAGGCCAUCGGGAAUUUAUAAAUGGUUAAAUUGCGGAGAAACAGAUAAGAAAGUAACUGAAAUAUAUGUUCCUAAAAUGCGGAUCCGAAGUGCAACGUUAGUGGAGUAUGAAGCUCUCGGGGAUUGUCCGAAAUACGAUUCGACUGAAGCAUGUCAUGGAUCAACACCACCGAAAACAAGGUGUAUAUGGUGUGAAACAGCCAAUAUGUGCAUUACCAGAAGUGAUGAGGAUACUUAUGAAUUCAAAGUAAAUGGUUGCAAGAAUAAAGUAAGUGAUUGAUAGACUUCACACAUUGUUUUCAAUAUUACCAUAUUCUACAUUGUGAAUCUGUUUACUCGGAAGAACAUUUUUUUUGCAAACGAGUAGUGUAUUUUAUACAUUCAUGAUGUUUAAUCAGAUAUGAGUACGAUGCUAUGUUUCCAUGUAGACAUUCAACAACCAAUAGAAGCGUCGUUUAACACUUGUACUUGAAAAAAUGGUAUUUCUCCUGCUCAUAGAAUGUGUAGUUAUUCUCGAUGUCCAAUAUGAAACCGUC